AUCAACCUAUGCUUCCUCAACGCAAAUCCGGACAUCCACGCAAGACGACGCAACCGACUUUUCAUCCUCAGAGUCCUCUCGCAUUGCCCCCUCAGUUUCCAUAUCCUCCCUCUCAUCCGCUUCAGCUUCGUCAUCUUGCAUUUCUCAUACCCUCGCGCCCAAUCACGUCGAAUUCUCAAACUGGAGGGUUCAGAUGGUUGAUGGAUAAUCUUACGAAUAAUACCCUGUCAGAAUUAUCGAGCAACGGUUGGAAACAAAACAAGUUGGGAUCGAGCCUUAUACUUACACAGACGACUAGUAUUGCGGAUAUGUUGAGUGUGGAAACGAUGAUUGAAAUACGCUUAUGCAAAGAACAGAGCGAAAGACAGGAAUGA